UCCAGAGCCAAACAUGGGGUGCAGUUUGGUCACCGACUGCGAACGGCCACUUUGAAGAAGAAAAAAAAAGUAUGAAGAAGCGCUUCUGAGGAAAAGGACAAUGCCUCGGUUUCUCUGAAGAACUCAACUCAUCUCCAUCCGGGCGCGCUUGCCAGAAAGUAAAAAAAGGGAGAGAAAAAAAAAGAGAGAGCGAGAGAGAGAGAGACGGAGGGGAGGCUUUCCUGGAAACUUUCACAGUCCUUGGACCCUCUGAGCUCUUCCAAGGACUCCGGGAUCCCGGUCAGAGACUUACAUGCUGAAUAUUCCUGCAUUCACUUGAGGUCCAGGCUGUUCGGGGAGCAGUAGGUCCCGGAGCUCCAAUGCCAGUGGACAUGCAGCCACACCAGGGGCUGUAUUACUACGAGACCUCGCCCUGCCAGCCCUCCAGAGGCCUAGUAUCAUCAGACCAGUCUCCCUACAGCGAUGUGUCUUCGCUGCGCGCCCCGCACCUCGACGGCCCUCCCCAGGAAUGCCACGGCAUGUACAAUCCCAUGGCCAACAUGACUCACGGAUCAGGGUCGGGGCCCGGCCAGGGGAACGGCCACUGCCUGGAUCAAUACAUGAGGCCCCCCCAGGCUCCUCCACCGCACAGUAUGAUGGGCCACCGGGGCAUGCCGCCCACAGAUGGCUGCAAUAGCACCCCCUACUGUAACCAAAACAACAUCAUGUCAUCACAUCACAGCUUCUGUCAGGUCCAGCCCGGCUCAGAUCAGAUCGGCUCAGGUGACGGCUCGAGGUUCUCCACCCCUCGCUCCAUGCUGAAGCUGAGUAAAAAGAGAGCGCUGUCCAUCUCUCCUCUGUCUGACGCCAGUGUGGACCUGCAGACGGUCAUCCGAACCUCGCCCAACUCUCUCGUGGCCUUCGUUAACUCUCGCUGCAACCCCAACGGCGCCAGCUCUUAUGGUCAUCUCUCUGUGAGCGCCAUGAGUCCGUCGCUGGGUUAUUCCAGCAACAUGAACUGCCAGUCCCGACAGCAGGGGUCCAUGUACGGAGGGGGGGGGACGCCUCUGGGCCCGCCGGGCCCCUGCCAAGCCUCUCGUUUACCUCCCCACAACCCUCGACUCCACGCUGCGCCCAAGCACGGACAUCUGAAGACAGAGCCUGGGCUGGACGGCAUCAACGUGAAGACGCUGGAGGAGAGGUCGGAGGGAGACGUGGCCAGUCCUUCUUCCACCGGCACGCAGGACCCGCUGCUGGGCCUGCUGGACGGCAGGGAUGACCUGGACAAGGACGAUGGGAAGCCUGAGCCGGAGGCCGUCUAUGAGACCAACUGUCGGUGGGAAAGCUGCAACAAGGAGUUCGACACGCAGGACCAGCUAGUUCAUCACAUCAACAACGAGCACAUCCACGGGGAGAAGAAGGAGUUCGUGUGUCACUGGCAGGAGUGCUCUCGAGAACAGAGGCCGUUCAAAGCCCAGUACAUGCUGGUGGUUCACAUGCGCAGACACACCGGAGAGAAGCCACACAAGUGCACUUUUGAAGGCUGUAAUAAAGCCUACUCUCGCCUGGAGAACCUGAAGACCCACCUGCGCUCUCACACUGGGGAGAAACCGUACGUGUGUGAACAUGAAGGCUGCAACAAAGCCUUCUCCAACGCUUCAGACCGGGCUAAGCAUCAGAACCGAACUCAUUCCAAUGAGAAACCUUACGUCUGUAAGAUCCCUGGUUGCACUAAACGAUAUACUGAUCCGAGCUCCCUGCGCAAGCAUGUGAAGACGGUGCACGGCCCCGAGGCCCACAUCACCAAGAAGCAUCGAGGAGACACCGGCCCCCGACUCCCCGGCUUAGCCAUGACUCCUGGAGCCCCAAACUCUGAACUCCUGCAGGAGAAAGAAGAGACACGCAGAGAAGACUGCAAACUACUGGCCCCCGAGACUGCUCUGAAAUCCCAACCAAGCCCUGGCGGUCAGUCGUCCUGCAGCAGCGAGCGCUCCCCGCUGGGGAGCACCAACAACAAUGACAGCGGUGUGGAAAUGAACCUCAACGCCGCUGGCAGCUUGGAGGAUCUAACAGGGUUGGAAGAUGGAGUUUUGGCUGGAGGAGGAGGAGGGGAGCCGGGAACAAUGGGAAUGUCGGCUCAGGCUCUGAAAAGGCUGGAGAACCUGAAGAUUGACAAGCUGAAGCAAACCCGCAGGCCCACCCCACCUGGACGUUGCACGGGCAACAAACUUCCCGCCAUUUCUGGUCCAGGAGAGAACAUGGGAAUGUGUGCACCUUCUCCAAUCCUGUCUAAUCGACGCGUUAUGGAGCUGUCCAACCACGAGCUGGGAGGAGGAACGAUCGCCUGCUCCAGCAACGACCGGAGGGGCAGCGGCACCAGCAGCCUGAGCUCCGCCUACACCGUGAGCCGUCGUUCCUCCAUGGUGUCCCCCUACCUGUCCAGCCGGCGCUCCAGCGAGGUCUCGCAAAUGGGAGGAACGACGGGCGGAGGGUGUCACCUUCUGAGCCCAGAAGAAGCUGGAAGAGACCCACUCUCUCCCGAGAGCAGUCGCAGAGGCGCUCCGUGUCCCGGGGGGAGAGGAUUACCAAGCCUUCCUAAUUUAACGCCCGCUCAGCAAUACAGCCUGAAGGCUAAAUACGCCGCGGCGACCGGUGGGCCGCCACCUACUCCUUUACCCAACAUGGAGCAGCAGCCGGUUACUCCGGGCAGAAGAGGUGUGUUGAGCGAGUACCAGGGGCAGCCCCUGCCUCCUUUCCUUCAUCCGGCCGGUCCUCGCAGGCACAGCGCCAACACAGAAUACGGUACGGGCGUCAUCUACCCUCACCAGGCUCCGGGGAACAACACCAGACGAGCCAGUGAUCCGGUUCGAUCGGUAGCAGACCCGCAAACUCUUCCCAAGCGCUUCAAUAGCUUGAGUAACGUGGCCAUGAUGGGCCGCAGGAACGCGCUGCAGCUCCGCGGCUCCGACAGCAGCCUGGCCCGUCACAUGUACUCCCCUCGGCCGCCGAGCAUCACGGAGAACGUCAUGAUGGAAGCCAUGGGCAUGGAGCCCCACCUCGGCCCUGUAGACGGCAGAGAUCGCUCCAUGAUGAUUAGCUCCGGGGAAAGAAACUUCAUGGGCUACCAGAGACAGAGUCAGACCCUUGUGGUCGACGGUGCUAUUUCAAACCAGCUCUCGCCGAGCCACGACUCUCUGAGCUGCCCCGAUCCCGGUAACAUGCAGCAACACUACCAGGGCCAGGGCGUGGAAGUCGCCUCCAGGGUUGGGGGAAAUCUAAUGGGCCAGACGAGACCUACUCAGCCAGAGGGAAUGUCAAACGCUCUUCUCCAACAGGCUGAGUACAGUAUGAGCACCUGCCAGUUAAGUCCUUCAGGUCCCCAUUACCCAAAUAUUGGCCAAGGUGGCGACACCAGAGGUCCCUGGAACGAGACUCACAACCAAGUCCAAACUUCCGGUCACGCUUUUCAGAACCGGCAAACAAUGAUGUACUCGGAUCCUAAUCUGCAGGCUCAGCAAACACAGGCCCACUUCAACGAUCAGACGGCUCUCUACACCAGUUCUGACGGAACUCACAAACUCAUCAUAAAGCCCGAGCAGCAGUUCCAUCCUGGCAUGGGCGAUAGAGAGUCCUGUCAAAGCUCUAAGCUCCAGCAGCAGCAGAUCCUCCUGCAACAGGCGCAGGGUUAUCCACAACAAACGGCCCAGGUGAUGAUGAGGAACUCGAACAAUCCCACCUGUGACUUUCAAGGACCGAACCAAAACUCUUUCCCUGGUGGAGGAGGAGGAGGAGGAGGAGGAGGAGGAGGAGGAGGGGGAUUGAGCUUAGGCUGCGCUGGCUCUGCCCUGGCCGACGGCCAAAGGUCGGAAACCCCAAUGAUGCAGGUGAAGGAGAUGAUGGUGCGGAAUUACGUGCAGUCCCAGCAAGCGCUCAUGUGGGAGCACCAACAAGAGCAGCAGCAGCCGAGUGGAAUCAAACCACCUCCUCUUUCCGACAACAUGAAUUUGAGCUGUCAGACGGCAAUGAUGCAGCAGAGUCCCCAACACCAGAAUCAGAACUUUUAUUCCAACCAGACGUAUCCUUCCUACCCCAAUCAGAACCUGGUUAUGAACGCCCGAGUGUCCGGCUCGGUGGCGUCUAAGGACCAGCAGCUGGCGGGCCUUCAGGGCUCGUGCUACAAUCAGGAGAUGGUGCAGGUGCCCAGGCCCCCUCAAGGACGGAAACCUCUCAGCCGCCAGAACAGUCUGUCGCAGGCCGGACCGGGGGCGGGGGCGGGCUACCUGGGCAGCCCGCCCCAUCUCAGCCCCGCACACUCCACCUCCAGCCCCAGACGGGGCGUCCGCCUUCCUCCGGUCCAGCACCCGCAGCACCCUCAAAACGAAAUAUUCUCCCCUUCCAACAACAACAACAACAUGUACUAUUCUGCUCAAAUAAACAUGGAUUUGGGGAAACAAAUGGAACCCGCAAACGGACCUUGCCUUAACCAGCAGCACAGUAUGGGCUCCAGCCUGGACCCCGUAGGGGGAACAAAGCCUUCCCCCAUGACUCCCUAUCCAGUUUCUGGCCCCAUUUCGAAUGCCUUAGAAAACCUAGACUUGGACAAUGCCCGUAUAGACUUCACUUCCAUCAUCGACGAUGCUGAUACUUCUUCGUUUAGUCCGGUCAAUAAUCCCCUCCCGGGCCAGCCAGGAUCUUCUUCGCAGGCUUCCUCCCGCCUCACCACCCCACAGACUUCUGUCAGCCUGGCUCCGGGCUCCGGCCUGUCAAACAUGGCUGUGGGGGACAUGACGUCCAUGCUUACCUCACUGGCUGGGGAGAAUAAGUAUCUGAACACUCUGUCUUAAAAAAGGACUCUUUGGCAGCUAAGCACUCUUUUAGGGGUAACAAUCAAACGAUGCCUUUGGCUCAAAAUAGGGCUGGGCGAUAUGGACCAAAAGUCAUAUCUCGAUAUUUUCUAGCUGAAUGGCGAUACUCGAUAUAUAUCGAUAUUUUUUCUGUGCCAUAAUUGGGGUUUCCCCCAAAGCAUUAUAGCAUAGCAUCUCUGUUAGCUUCAUUUUUUUCUGAGGCAAACCCUUAAAAAAACAGUCAGUUUUAAUACAAAGCCUCGUGCCAAAUGUCACACAGGUUCCUUUAUUAACAGAGAUCUGCACAAUAUCAAAAUGUAUAAAACAAAUGAAAUAAAAACAAACUGCCUGCGUAUAUAGAAUAAAAAUGAUUCUUGAAUAAAAUAAAACAAAUAUCCCUUUCCUGCAUAACAAUUAUAUUCAAAUACACUGUGCAAUUAAUACAAUGUAGACAGUAACAGGCAGACUUUUCCACUGAGGUUGACAGUUGUGCAAAUAACAAAACAUUUGUGCAAAUCUCAAAUAAAACAUUCAAGUCAAUUUGUCACAAAAUAAGCUAUAUCAAUAUCAUUAAUUUUUUUUUUUUUUUUUUAAAUCGAUAUAAACGAUAUUGUCUCGUACCAUAUCGCGUUUGAAAAUAUAUCGAUAUAUAUUAAAAUCUCGAUAUAUCGCCCAGCCCUAGCUCAAAGCUCUAACUCAAGUCACGUAGAAAGAUUUCUCCAAGUACAUCGCAAGAACAUUUAGUUAGUUAGAAAAGGAUCAACAGUAAUGUGUUAUUUUCUGCAUACCUUCAAGUACCUUUGUGUAUAAAACACAACUUGCCAGGAUUUUGAAGUACGAAGGACUCAUGUACUGAACACCCACGUCAAAGGGGCAAAGGCAUUUUUUCCUAUGUUUUGGUUAGUUUUGGUAUCUUCACUGAUUUAAAUAUUAUGCAAAUCCCUAUCAGAAACCUUAAAACCAAAGGUGCCUAAUCUCAACCCCCUACAACUGCAUACGUCCCUUUGCUGCCUUGGUUCUUUCUUCUGUGCCUUAAGUGUAAGACACAAAACUUCUUGCCUGAUGUGAAAUGACGAUGCUGAUUGUUUUUUUCCGAACAGGCAUCGCAGUCACAAAGGGCCUUUUCUCUACAGUGAAGCAGAGAAGGAUAUGUGUAAAUACAUUUUAUAUAUAUACAGAAUGAUGUAUAUAUGACAAUGAGGCAUUGGAGUAGUUAUCCCCUUGUCUUCUGAUAGUCCGCUUGAAUUCUGAAGCCCUGUGUUCAGUGGGGAUGGGAUGUUUAUAAAAAUGGUCGUUUGAAGAGAUGACAAAGCUAUGCUUUUGACGACUGAGAAAUAAUUUCUCUUUGCUACUAAAUCUUCUCCUGUAUUUGCUUUGGCGUUUCCUCCUUUUUCAGGAACAGCACCAUCUGCACCAGCGGUAUAUCAGUAUUUCUUACAUAUGCACAAAUACAGAGCAGAUACACUCACCGCAUCCCUGCACAUGCACCCACACACAGACACUCAGGACUUGUUUUGAAUCUUUUGUGUGUACGUUGUAAUUGCCUUUUCCAGACAGAGAGUUUGCACUCUACAUGUUUACUGUAACUGUUCCUCCAGGGGCGUCAAUUGGGUACGGCAAGGUACGGCAGCCGCCACACCUCGGCUUCAAGGGAAAAUGUAAAUGUUUGUUUUUUAAAUACAUUUAUGGAAUUACUCUGUGUCUAUUUGUAUUGAUUAUUCUAUUACUUAAUACAUAUAGAAUAACUACAAAUGCAAAUCAGAACAACAUGAUCGAUUUCACUUGUUAUUAUACACUGCAAAAACUCAAAAUCUUAACAAGAAUAUUUGUCUUAUUUCUAGUUAAAAUGUCUAAUUUUUAGUCAAAAAAAAUCUCAUUACAUUUAAGACAAGACUCAAAAACAACCAUUUUCACCUGUUUCAAGUAGAUUUUCACUUAAAAAUCUCUAGUUAAAAUGUCUCAUUUUAGUAAAAAAAAAAUGUCAUUACACUUAAAACAAGACACAUCACUGGAAAAAACAUCAAUUUUCACCUGUUUCAAGUAGAUUUUCACUUGAAAUAAGUAGAAAAAUCUGCCAGUGAAACAAGAUUUUUUUGCUUGUAAUGAGAAGAUAAAUCUUGUCCCACUGGCAAAUUUUUCUACUUAUUUCAAGUGAAAAUUUACUUGAAACAGGUGAAAAUGGUCAAAUAACAAGUUAUUUUUCUGGUGAUGACUCUUGUUUUAGGUGUAAUGAGAUUUUUUGACUAAAAAUUAGACAUUUUAACUAGAAAAUAAGACAAAUUUUCCUGCUAAGAUUUUGAGUUUUUGCAGUGAGCGAGACUGCAUUUGAAAAAGUUCCAAUUUUCUUGACCACACAGAUAAGCUACAUAGCAGACUUCUGUGAUGAGUAUUUGUUGGACGUGUUGAUUGAUACUCUAGUUAAGUUCUGGGACUCGUAACCUUGCCAUACCUUAGCUUUGACUGAAUUGACGCCACUGUGUUCCUCAAGCAGCUGUUUACUUGUUUCUGUCAGAUGUGCUUAUAACACGAUGUACCCGCCCUUUUUAAGGUACAUAAAACGAGCAAAGCUCAAGUUUAAUAUGUAUUAACAAUCACCUCCUCAUGGCAACAUGUGUAAUGUUUUCAAACAUACAAGACGAUAGUUAAUGAAGCCUUGUAAUGAAACCUAACUGGGCUGGUUUGUGCCUGUUAACAUGGAGUACUUGCCUUCAUUUCAAGAGACUGAGGUACGUUCGUAGUACAGUGCUGCUGCACCUUGGCUCCCAAACAGGAGUUUUAUUGACAAUUCUUCAUAACUAAUUCAGGAGACGGGGUUCAAGAAGCCUAAAUUGGAUGGAUUGCUACCACUGUAGUAAAAUAAAUUGUGUAUAGGUACAGAGAGGUACUUUGUGCAACUAUUGAGCUGUAUCCCAGGAAGUAAGCUGCAGCUCUUUUGUAGGAGAACUACUUUAAUACUGUGGCUUUGCACUGACUACAGCACUGUGUGGAAAGAUCUCUUACAGCUAUUCACAUGAACCUCAUUUUUAUGUCAUUAAAAAAAAAAAAAACAGUAUUUCCUUUUUUUUUUUAGACAGUUCAAAAAAAAGAUCUGAGCUUGCCUUUGCUCGGUGUUGCCACAUUAAAGUAUUUUUAAAAGUAUUUCCUGUGACAUUGCAUCAUAUUACGGAAGAGUAUUAGGGCCAGGCAGGAGAAAAUAUAUUUGAGAGGGGAAGAUUUUUUUUUUUAUUGUGCACUUCGAGAAAAAAGUUGAAAUGUCGAGAAAAAAGUCGAAAUGUCGAGAAAAAAAAGUCGAAAUGUCGAGAUUAAUGUUGAAGUACAAUUUCGAGAAAAAAGUCGAAAUGUCGAGAAUAAUGUUGAAAUACAAUUUCAAGAAUAAAGUCAAAAUGUCGCCUUUUUUCUCAACAUUUCAACUUUAUUCACGAAAUUUUUAAUUUUUUCUCAACAUUUCGACUUUUUUUUCAAAAUUGUGCUUCAACAUUAUUCUCGACAUUUCGACUUUUUUCUCAUCAACAUUUCGACUUUUUUCUCGAACUGGUGCUUCAACAUUAAUCUCGACAUUUCGACUUUUUUCUCGAAGUGCACAAUAAAAAAAAUCUUCCCCUCUCAAAUAUUUUUUCUCCUGCAUGGCCCUGAUACUCUUUUGUAUCAUAUAACACAGUAAUGUCAAACAUUUCUUCAUUUUGGAACAAGUGCACAACCUACCAAAGACAUUUAAAAGUCACUGAGGAAAAGAUGCACGAACAGAGUAUUAUAUCUCCACAUUAACACUAGCAAUAAGUACAUGACUGUUAGUGCUGUUCUCUAGAAUGUAUGACAUGUUUUGUACAAAAUCCUGUUAUAUCGAUGACCUUUGUGGAUGUUGCCUUCUGUGUGUGCGUGCGUGUAUUUGUUUUUUUUUUUUUUGUAACUCAUCCUUCAUUCUGACUUUUUUGCUGGCAAAAGAAAUAUCACCUUUAGCAACAGAAAGCUACACUAUUAGCAAUAACUAUAAUAGAUAAAAGUGAGUGUUAUAUUUUGUGUACAAUUUUCUACAUUUUUAUACAUAUGUGCUAUAUUUUACAUUUUUAUGAAUAAACGUGCAGUUUGAGAUGAAUGUCGAUUGUCAAAGGUUGUUUUUUUUGCAAUAGAAAUUGCUGCAAUAAGAAGAAAGACAAUGUCUAUUUUAGGAUGAGGUCAUAUUGUGAUUUUAAGGUGCAUGAUUAAUGAUCCUAAGGGGUUUCGAGGUUAACACAUGGGUUUAGGGUCUGGUCCAGAGGUGUCAAGUAACGAAGUACAAAUACUUAGUUACCUUACUUAAGUAGAAAUUUUGGUUAUCUAUACUUCACUGGAGUAAUUAUUU